GCUAGGAAGAGGAUGUCAAAUGAUAACCCUCCAGUCUGUUGUACAUGGCUGCGUCAGUGCUUAGUGCUGUACAGAGAGCUCUACCCAAUGGUAGAAGAGAGGAUGAAAAUGUGAUGAACUUUAUUAAUGUUUCCCAGCUUAACCACGGACAGUGUGAAGGACUCUCUGUGAAGGAGUCAUAUUUCUUAAUGAGACUAUUGUUCUUCUGCUGGGAAUUUUAGGAUUUAAACAAAUUACCAAGGAUUAACCUAAGACCAUAUUCAGCACCAGACUGGACAUGGUGAUGAUAUUAAGCUAAGAGCCAAAAUCUAAUGACUAUUAUGUGGGAUUUUUCAAAAUGUAAAUGUUUUCUCAUUUGGUGUCUGGAUGUUUUCUGAUGCGUUUGAAAUGGAGGUACAGUGGCGUUUAUGGAAUAAGGACUGGGGCUCCUUUAUAAGGCCAUGGGUAGCUAUACUGUUGGGCCUUCACCUCCAGUUCUCCCAGGCCUCCAACUGUCCAGAGGAGUGCCGUUGUGAUCGCACCUUUGUUUACUGCAAUGAGCGAAGCCUAACCUCAGUGCCUCUGGGAAUUGGUGAGGGUUAUAAGACCCUUUACCUUCACAACAACCAUAUCAAUAACGCUGGGUUUCCUUUGGAGCUCCACCAUGUGGCUUCUGUGGAAACUGUUUAUCUCUAUGGCAACCAGCUGGAUGAGUUCCCCAUCAACUUGCCCAAAAAUGUAAAGAUUCUUCAUCUGCAAGAGAACAACAUUCAGACCAUUUCUAGAAUGGCUCUGGCUCAGCUUCUUUGGCUUGAGGAGCUACAUUUGGAUGAUAACUCCAUUUCUACAGUGGGGGUGGAGGAAGGGGCCUUUCAUGAGGCAGUGAGCCUGAAAAUGCUCUUCCUCACUAAAAACCAUCUGAGCAGUGUGCCUAUUGGUCUUCCAGAUGAUUUAAAAGAGUUGCGUUUGGAUGAGAACCGGAUUGCAGUUAUUGCAGAGGAAGCAUUUAGGAAUGUCACGCACCUGCAGCGCCUCCUGUUGGAUGGAAACUUGUUGACAGAUGAAGGGAUUGCACCAGGGACCUUUCAAGACCUGGUCACCCUGAGGGAGCUGUCUUUGGCCCGUAACUCACUUACAUACCCGCCCCCAUUCCUCCCAGGGAAGAUGCUUGUCAAAUUAAACUUUCAGGAAAAUCAGAUAAACCAUGUCCCUGUCAGGGCAUUUGCAGGGUUGCACAAACUGGAGAGGCUGGAUAUUUCUAACAACCAGCUGCAGUCACUGACACAGGGGGUCUUUGAUGAUCUCAUCAGUCUCAGACAACUCACUGUUCGGAACAACUUUUGGCUUUGUGACUGCAGCAUCAAAUGGGUGGUGUCAUGGCUUAAAUCUCUACCAGCUUCUAUCAAUGUGCGAGGCUUCAUGUGCCAUAAACCUGAAAAGUUCCGGGGCAUGGUUAUCAGGGAGCUGAGUGAUGAGCUGGUUCAGUGUCUGCUGAGCACAACAACGGCACCCCUGCCUACCUCAUCAGCUAACACUACUCUGAUCCCAUCCCUGUCUUCAUCCACAAAAUCCCAAAUGGUCACUCAGUACGUUUCCUCCUCCUCCAGGCAACCCUACACGACAUUACCCUCCCUCUACCCCACCUAUUCAACCAAAGAGGGGGGGUUAAGGACUAAGCAACAUAUGGACCACCAGAGGGAGACUUUGCAGGUCACAUUUGCCAUACUGAAUGACUCAGAAAUCCAUGUCAGCUGGGUGGCAGCUUUUCCAGUCAUUGCCUACAAGUUGACCUGGGCAAGGAUGGGUCCCAGUCUGAGAGGGGACACUGUCAGGGAGAAGAUAGUGGGUGGGGAUCACCGUGGGAUUCGACUGGCUAAUCUUGAGCCAAAGUCCACCUAUCGGAUUUGUGUUAUUCCUUUGGAUGCACUCAAUAAUUACCAGCCCAAAAAUGAUACUGCGUGCACUGAGGUCAUGACCACAUCAGCAUCUUUCAGUCCUGAUAACAAUAAAAGACCAUCAGGGCCCGAGCAGGCCACACAGCAGGAACCCAGCUCACCUCUCUUGCUGGCAGGGCUGAUCGGUGGGGCUGUAAUUGUGGUGCUGGUGGUACUCCUCAGCAUCUUCUGCUGGCACAUGUACAAGAAGAGUCAUUCCAAGUCAUUCACCAAAUGGAAAUACAACCGGGGUCGAAGAAAAAACAACUAUUGCGAGGCAGGCACCAAGAAAGAUAAUUCAAUCUUGGAAAUGACUGAAAUCAGUUUCCAGAUAGUUUCACUCAACAACGAGCAGCUCUUCAAGGGAGAUUUCUGCAUUCAGCCUAUUUUCACCCCUAAUGGGGGCAUCAGCUUCCAAGACUGCCCCCUGGGGAACAACAGCACGGUCUACUGCAAGAACAAUGUUCAGGAUGCAAGCUUUUCUUGCACAUGAUGAUUUUGAAGUGCAUCAGGAGAAUUUUUAUUAUUAUUAAGGACCCACUCUUUACUGGACACUGUACAGUGCUAAUAUCAUUUGAAACCCCAUGUCUUCAAGAAAUGUAUUUUAUACAAUUAACUGGACAAUAUUUCUUGAUUUAACGUUUGUUUCUAAGUUGGUUUCUGGUUUCCAGAAUUGUGGUGUUUGAGUUCUGUGCAUACACACAUGUACAAUCAGAAUUCAUUUAUUAUAAAUAUUAAGGAUGGGUUUCAUUUUGAUUUUCCGUAAUAGUGAAUUAUUUUGAAGUCAUUGUAUACUAUAUACAGAUUCAGAAUUCAUACGUUAGCUGCUUUGCAUCACAAAAUUGCUGACACCAGCUGGAAUAAUUCAGCGUGUGACAAAAAAAAGACACAAAUCAAAUGCCACACAAUCCACCACCCUUGUCUAUUACAGUUUUUAAUCAAGGAAUCCAAGUAAUAUUUAAUUGCCACUGCAUUCAGUAGAAUGCAAAUUACUAGACUCCUUUUCUAGGAAGAGGGCAUAUUUUUAUGCAAAUGUGCAUUUUUUCUCUGUUUCAAGCGAAAUUUAAAGGUCACACUCAUUAAACAUUUACAGAAAAGCAGACCGCAGUGCUUUCAUCUGCUUUUCAAUAUUAAUACAUUAUCAAAGUUAAGUGGUUAUGUUGUUAGUGCCAGCUGUGUUUUAUUGUCAGUGUAAGCAGCAAAAAAAGCACAUCUCUCAUCUACUGUAUGUUUAACUCAUUAAGAAGCAACUUUUUCCCCUUUGUUCAACAAAAUAAUGUUGUGACAAAACAGUAUAUAUUCGUAUGUGCCUUGAAGUUAUUAGCUUACAAUGUCUUUUGAAUCCAUGUUUUUGCACAAAGAGUGUGCUGUAUAUACAUUCAGUUGAAUUGAUAUUGAGGAAAACUGUUCCUCUUGAUUAUUUAUUUACAUCAUGACAUAUUUAAUUAAAAACAUAUCUCCAAAGUUAACUUCUUCUUUUUCAGUCUCAGUCUUCAAGCAAUGCCCAUGUGGAAGAGCAAAGUGAUAGCAGAAGAGGUCUGUUUCUAGAGGGAGGGUCCAUUGAGGUAUGACUACUGCAGGCUCACAAUUCAAAACAGAUUGCACUUAAAGUCUACUUAACACAAACCAUAUUAAAGCACCCUCACUGCUAACUGUGUGC